UAAACAGCUGAAUCUCAUGGACGAGUUAAAGUUUCGAAAUGUGGACCUGCAACAACUUCCAAACCAGCUCCGCCACCAGACAGACGGUCUGAGUUCCAGCACGCUGGUUGUGCGGAGAGGACAGUCCUUUCAAAUUCAAGUGAACUUCGAUGGAAGGCCAUUUGAUUCACGGAGGGACAAACUGAUCUUCAAAGUACUUUUAGGUCCGUUUUCUGUCCAGAUCCCCAUCUCUGUUUCUGAACAGACUUCUCCGUCUCAAUGGAGCGCAACUCUCAAACAGGGUGUACCCAACCUGAAUUCACCACGGGCGGUAUCGGUGUUGCUUUUCAGCCCCGCGUCUGCUUCUAUUGGGGUUUACACCCUCAGUCUAACAAUCGAGACUCGCACAAGUGUGAAAAAAACACACUCGCUCGGCCAGUUCACAUUACUCUGCAACCCCUGGAGCCUAGCUGAUUCAGUGUACCUGUCCUCUGAGGAUCUGAGAAAGGAAUAUGUGAGGAGUGAUAUCGGAGUGUUGUUCAAAGGCUCAGCCAAUAACUACACCGGCAGACCAUGGUCUUUUGAUCAGUAUGAAAAGGGGAUAUUGGACAUUUGUAUGAAGCUGUUUCAAUUGAGUCCUCAAUAUCAAGCUGAUGUGAAAAGAGAUGUACUCAAAUUCUCUGACCCCAUAUACAUCAGCAGAGUGAUUUCAGCAAUGGUAAACUGUCAGGAUGAUAAGGGUGUGUUAAUGGGGAACUGGUCAGGGGAUUAUAAAGAUGGUGUUAACCCCUCACAAUGGUCCGGCAGCGCUGAUAUUCUUCAGCAGUGGUCAAAAAAACAGUUUAAUCCUGUCAAAUAUGGACAGUGUUGGGUCUUUGCUGCAGUUAUGUGUACAGUAAUGAGAGCCCUUGGCAUCCCGACUCGUGUGGUCACCAACUUUAACUCUGCCCACGACACAAACGGAAACAUGGUGAUUGAGGAGUACUACACGGAGAAGGGCGAGAAACUGUCACUCAGCCGGGAUAGCAUUUGGAAUUUUCAUGUGUGGGUAGAGUGCUGGAUGAAGAGGCCUGAUCUGGGUCAAGCGUACGACGGUUGGCAGGUUCUCGACCCAACACCCCAAGAGCGGAGCGCAGGAAUAUAUCGUUGUGGCCCUGCAGCGGUGAAAGCCAUUCUUGAUCAGAAAGUGGACGCGGUGUACGACGUGCCGUUUGUCUUCGCAGAAGUGAACGCAGAUGUGCGUACAAUGAUCACAAGGAAUGGGAAGAUAUUAGAAUCCAGAACGGACACUAAGAGAGUCGGAGCCCUGAUUUGCACCAAGCAGCCAGGAUCAAUGCAAAUGCAGAAUAUCACCUCAGAAUAUAAAAAUGAAAGGGAUUCAUUCAGCAGAGAGAGCAUAGCUGCCAGAGAGGAUCAUUCUACAAUGAAAAAAGAGGGCAUAACUGUUUCUCUAAGUCUUCUGAAAGCCCCCGUAAUGGGAGAAAACAUUUCAUUCAGCGUCAAAAUCACCAACAAUGAGGCUGUUCCAAAAGACCUGAAAAAGCAUGUGAACGCUCAGAACAAAGAGUACAACGGCAAUCCAAUCACAACCUUCUGGGAGGCUCACGAUGAUCUCAAGAUCAGUCCUAAUGAAUCUGUGACUAUAAAACACGACAUCUCGUUCCGCGAGUAUGCACUGAAGGAGGUGAGAGAGGACUAUCUGGUUAACCUGGCUGUGGUUAUAGAGGAUGUGAAGUCACAGAAGAGAGAACUGGCUACUGAAGAGUUCAACAUCACCAGCCCUGCCCUCAUUAUACAGGUUGCAAAUGAGAACUCGGUCAUCAUUAACACUCAGCAAGCUGCAACGGUGAUGUUCACAAGCCCGUUCAAUGUUCCAGUGAGUGGAGAACUUAUAGUACUGGGUUCGGGACUCUUGGAGGAGAAGGUUGAAAUGAGUGUUAAGCUCAAGCCUGGAGAAACCUUGAAGACGCCUGUCCAGUUCAUUCCCAAGAUGACAGGCCCAAAGAUGCUUCACGCAAGUUUAGCGUUGAUAAACCUGCCCACUAUCCUGCGGGGAUUCAAGACCAUCAACAUUCAACCAGCUUAAAGACAUGAAACAGGAGUUAAAGCACUGGUUCUCUGCUGGUUUCACUUCAGGAACAAGAUUUUACAAUUUUACUCUUUAAGUUCCUAUAACUCAACUGGUAGAGCUUGGCACUAGCAAUGCCAAGAUCAUGGGUUCAAUUCCCAGGGAACACACAAACUGAUCAAAUGUAUACCAUGAAUGCACUGUAAGUUGCUUUUCUUCGUAGGAAUUUAAAAAUGUUUACAAAUUUUGUUUUUACGUUGAAUAAAGCAAAAAUCACUACAUACAAUAUUGUUGUGCUUAGAUUAUUGCAUCUUUAGAUUAGCAACAUAGUACCAAACUAUUGAAAUCAAUUGUGAAUCGAGUCUCUCUUUCUUUCUUUUUCUUUUUUCUUUUUUUUUUGUGCUAAAUGUGAAGAGCACUAUUUGUGUUGCUGCCUAUGUAGAGUGUUCUAAAUCAGUUACUUUUAGGUUCCAUUUCCAUUUAUGUUUAGAGAUGUUGCAUCAGAAAUUAGCAUAAUUAAUUCUGAUUCAAAGUAAUGUCCAGCAUCAUCCAAUCACUGCCAACCAUGUUAAAAUAAAAUGAUACAUUAUAAAUUCUGAA